GUUCCUUCAGCCACGCUGACUCUUGGUUCCUGUUCCGGCACCCUGACACCCUGACGCCCUGACGCCCUGACAGCAAUAAUUUGGUGGCAGUCGACGUUGUUCCGAGUUAACCAGGCGGAAAAGAAAGAUAGAAAGAGAGCGGACCAAGCAGCGCGAGACAAGACCGGAUCGACACCGCCACCGCAGCAAUGUUGGCCGCCAUCAAUCCCGUCACGAUGAAUUUCCCUUUCUCAUACCCUUACGACGAUGACAUGAGCUCUCGUGCCAUGUUUGACGCCUCCUCUGCGAUGACGAUGACAGCGGGAGAUAUGCUUUCAUCGUGGCCCGCUUCCAGUGACUUUCCCUUCCAACAAUCACAGCAACAAGGACAAGAACAGGGCCAUCCCCACCCCCAACAGCACCCUCAAAGACAAGGUCAUCUCUCCAGCGAUUCCCCGUCUCAGAAUGCACGCUCUUCUCCCUCGACCUGUGCAGACCCGUACAGAAGCGAAACGUCGAGAUGGAGGGCCCUCGUCGCGCGCGAUCCCGACGCCACGGACGCGUUCGUCUACGCCGUCGUCACCACCAAGAUCUACUGCCGCCCCAACUGCAGCGCGCGGCUGGCUCGACGCGCGAAUGUCCGGUUCUUCGACCUGGCCGCCCAGGCCGAACGGGGCGGGUUCCGGGCCUGUAAGCGGUGCAAGCCGAAUCGAGCGAAGACGGUGUUUGGGGACAUCUCAUCGUCGUCGUCGUCGUCAUCAUCAUCUUCUUCAACACCAUCUCCUCAGUCAGCGACCCCCUCGGGUUCGGUGUCGAGUGCGGAAGUCGUCCCUUGUCGCGAUAUCUUACCUGGGUCUGCAUCGGCUCACACGACACCGGAGCAACAUGGCGAUGCAGAUGGCGGUGUGAAUGGCAAUGGUGAUGGUGACGGAGGUGUGGAUGUGGAUGUGGAUGUGGAAGUGGAAGUGGACGCGGAGGACAUCCACGCAAAGAUCCAACGCGCAGCGUACCUCAUCCGGCAAGCGGCGUCCGAGAAGGGCCAGCCGCUGAGCCUCUCCCAGCUGUCCGCGCAGGUCGGAUUGAGCAAGUGGCACCUGCAGCGCGUGUUCAAGAAGCUGCAGGGCGUCACGCCGCGCGAGAUGGCGGAGGAGAUCAUCCGAGCCAAGGCGCAGGGCCAGUCCACGACGACGACGAUGACGAAGGCCGGUAUGAUGCCGCCGUCGGUUGAUCGUCUUGCUUCAGAGCCGGGACAAUCACACGGACACUCCUCUGCGCCCAUGUCCAGAUCCUCUUCGACCCCGAACGCCGAUGAAUUGGCGUUAUUCCCUCACGCGCUGCCCCUGGUGAAUACCGGGCUGGACUGGUUCGAUGGCCCUCUCGACAGCGGCGCCGACUUGGACUACUUCAAUUUCAAUGGCGAUCAGCAGGUGCAACUGCAGCUGCAGCGGGAAGGGGAACACCUGGCGCUGCCAUUCGCGGACUGUUCCCGGACUUUGACGGCGCCUAUGGACAUGAACAUGGAUAUGGAUAUGGACACGGAUUUGGGAAUGGGAAUGGGAAUGGACAUGGGCACGGGUAUGGGUAUGGGUAUGAGUAUGGGUAUGGGUAUGAGUAUGGGUAUGGGUAUGAGUAUGGGUAUGGGUAUGGGUGUGGAUAUGGAUAUGGACAUCCACGCCGUCGAGGUGGAAGGUCUGCUGAACGACCUGUUCCCGGAGAUCCUUGUGUAUGACGGAUAA